GGCCGCGCUCUGAGGUCGGAGCACUUUGGUUCCGCCUCUCACCGGGUUCUUCUUCCUUACACGUUAUUGUUGCAUCAGCAGCAUCCGAACCAUCCAGGCUGGCCAUGUCGACCUCAGCGGAGCCAGUGAAAGGAAAACGGGUUCAACCUCCAUGGACUCCUCCAGGGGGAACCGAGGUCCCCCAACUCCACCUCUACAACAGCCUGACCAGGGCGAAGGAGCGCUUCGUGCCCCAGAAGGGGAACCGGGUCACAUGGUACAGCUGUGGGCCGACGGUGUACGACGCCUCGCACAUGGGACACGCCAGGUCCUACAUCUCCUUUGACAUCCUGCGGCGGGUCCUGAAGGACUUCUUCAGGUACGACGUGUUCUACUGCAUGAACAUCACGGACAUCGACGACAAGAUCAUCAGGCGGGCCCGACAGAACCACCUCCUGGACCAGUACCAGGAGAAGCAGCCGGACGCUGAGCAGAUCCUGCAGGACGUCCUGAGCGCCCGGGAGGUGAGACUCUGUGAGUAACAAAGAGUGAGCACGGCCCUGAGGAGGAGACUCACUGCGUUCUCCUCCAGCCCUUCCAGGCCGCGCCUGCAGGCGGUCACAAGAGGCAAAGUGGCUGAGGUCCUGCAGCCUCUGGCCCAGCUGCUGCUGGAGAACUCUAAGGACCUGCUCUCUGAUUGGCUGGACCAGCAGUUUGGGAGUCAGGUGACGGAGAACUCCAUCUUCUCCGUCCUGCCCAGUUUCUGGGAGGGAGAGUUCCACAAAGACAUGGAGGCCCUGAACGUUCUUCCCCCUGACGUUCUGACCCGAGUCAGCGAAUACGUGCCGGAGAUCGUGGAGUUCGUGAGUCGGGUCGUGUCCAACGGCUUCGGCUACGAGUCCAACGGCUCCGUGUACUUCAACACCCUGAAGUUCGACACCGACCCGCAGCACUCGUACGGAAAGCUGGUGCCGGAGGCGGUGGGAGACCAGAGCGCCCUGCAGGAGGGGGAAGGUGACCUGAGCAUCUCCGCGGACCGGCUGAGUGAGAAGAAGUCCCCCAACGACUUCGCCCUGUGGAAAGCCUCCAAGCCCGGAGAGCCCUCGUGGGACUCCCCCUGGGGGAAGGGGCGGCCCGGGUGGCACAUCGAGUGCUCGGCGAUGGCCGGCUCCGUCCUGGGGGAGUCCAUGGACAUCCACGGCGGGGGGUUUGACCUCCGGUUCCCUCAUCACGACAACGAGUUGGCUCAGUCCGAGGCGUUCUUCCAGAACGACUCCUGGGUCCGCUACUUCCUGCACACCGGGCACCUGACGAUCGCCGGCUGCAAGAUGUCCAAAUCUCUGAAGAACUUCAUCACCAUUAAAGAUGUCUUGGCGAAGAACACAGCUCGCCAGCUGCGCCUGGCGUUCCUGAUGCACUCGUGGAAGGACACGCUGGACUACUCCUCCAACACGAUGGAGUCGGCCGUCCAGGUGGAGAAGCUCCUGAACGAGUUCUUCCUGAACGUGAAGGACAUCAUGAGAGCUCCCUGUGACAUCACAGGCCAGUUUGAGAAGUGGGAGGCGGCCGAGACGGAGCUCAACAACAGUUUCUACGACAGGAAGUGCGGCGUGCACGCGGCGCUGUGCGACAACGUGGACACGCGCGGCGCCGUGGAGGAGAUGCGCGUGCUGGUCGGCCAUAGCAACGGAUACAUCGCCAACAGGAAGGGCGCCAAGCUGAAGCCCAACCGCAUGCUGCUGGAGAGCAUCGCCCUGUACCUCACGGGCAUGCUGAAGGUGUUUGGGGCCAUCGAGGGAUCGGAGCCCAUCGGGUUCCCCAUGGGGGGGCGGAGCCAGAGCGCUGACCUGGAGAGCACCGUGAUGCCAUACCUCAGCGUGCUGUCCAACUUCAGAGAAGGCGUCCGGAAGAUCGCCCGCGAGCAGAAAGUGACGGAGUUGCUGCAGCUGUGCGACGUCGUCCGUGACGACACGUUACCGGAGCUCGGCGUCCGGCUGGAGGACCACGAAGGUCUGCCCACCGUGGUGAAGCUGGUGGACAAGGAGACAUUGUUGAAGGAGAAGGAGGAGAAGAAGCAGAUGGAGGCUGAGAAGAAGAGGAAGAAGGAGGAAGCCGCCAGGAAGAAGCAGGAGCAAGAGAUGGCCAAGCUGGAGAAGAUGAAGCUUCCUCCAGGGGAGAUGUUUCGCUCAGGCACCGAUAAAUACUCCAAAUACGACGACACGGGUUUCCCGACCCACGACGCAGAGGGCAAGGAGCUGAGCAAAGGUCAAGCCAAGAAGCUGCGGAAGCUGUUCGAGGCUCAGAAGAAGCUCCACAACGAGUUCCUCCAGAGGAGCCGACAAGGACACUGAUGGGCUCCUCCUCCUCCUCCUUCUCCCCCCAUCCUCCUGCUCCUCCUCCUCCUCUCCUCCUGCUCCUCCUCCUCCUUCUCCCCCCAUCCUCCUCCUCCUCCUCCUCCUCCUAAGAGAGAAUACAUGUUAAUGUUCAAAAAUUAAAUAAACUGCACGUGAUUUUU